AAGCUUUACUGUGCUGGAAACGUGGCGGCUUACACUGAUGUUUUGCUGCCGAGUUGACGCAGAAGUUUUUGUAUUCUGCUAGACUGGGAAUAUUAUAGGUAUAUGACGUCCACACUGUGAUCACAUUUAACUGAAAACUUUUAACUGUCUCAAUCGUUUUUAUAGUGCCGGCACGGUGUCUCGUUUUUUUUUUGUAUCGGGAUACAUUCUUCCUUGCUUUGUCUAAGUCUAGCAGACGACGAAUAAAGGCGUGCGUUAUUGUUGAGUGUUUUGGUUGUUUGUUUUCUUUGGAGCGGUCCAAUUCUCAUCAUCAUGGGUUUACCAGAACUAACGUCGAUUAACGACGAAGGAGAACUGCAGAAAAUGCUGGAUAACACAAGCGAUUUCGACGAACGAAAGGCUAUACGUCAAAGGAUACGAGAAGUGAAAGAUGUCAUCAAAAAGGAAAUGGACGAACGUCUGAAGAAGACGGAGACGGCCCGGGAAGAAAUGCUCAAGUACAGACACGCCCAAGCCAACGAAUCGAAGGAGCGAUAUUUGGCCAUGUACAACGAUGCUGCCAAAUCUGGGGCUGCGGGUGGCGAGAAACGUUGGAAUACGGAAGCAUACAAGCGAGCCGAAGCUUUGACAGCGACUCCUAGACCUGCCGGAGAAGGAGCCAAGUUAACAGCAAGCUCAAAAGCGGCUCCUACAGCGAAGUCGGCUCGAGCGGCAUUCCAAGCAGCAGAUGCCCAAAAUAACCCGCAAAACCAAGGACUUGCCGCUCCGGCGGCAAAACCUGUGUCACGUAGCCCGACAGCUAUAAAGGACAUGCUCCUGAACUGGGCCGCCAAAAUGACGGAAGGCUAUCCGAAUGUCAGUGUCACCAAUUUUUCCAGCAGCUGGUCCAAUGGUUUGGCCUUCUGCGCUCUGGUGCAUAAAUUUUUCCCCGAUGCCUUCGAUUUUAACAGCUUAAAUCCUAACAACCGCAAGCAGAACUUCGAAUUGGCAUUCAAAAAAGCUGAAGAGUUGGCGGAUGUAUCGCCGCUGUUGGAUGUGGAUGACAUGAUUAUGAUGAAGGAUAAACCCGAUUGGAAGUGCGUCUUCUGCUACGUUCAAGCCCUGUAUCGCGGUCUCCACCAGCUCACUCCACCGAGUUAACCGGCGCAUGGAAAUUAGUGUUGACACAUCUCUCCGAUUACUUCAACGGAUGUGUGAUCAUGCUCGUAAUAUUAUUGGUAUUUUGUGGAUUGUUUAUGGUUGUUACUGCUGUGGUGCGUAGCCGGCUAUUGUAUGUAAAUUGCAAAACUCAUACUUUUAUGUCUUGCCCAAAAUUUUAUAAUCCUUUUUAUUGAGUCGCAUUCUAGUCAAAUAUUUUGCUAUGAAUGUAGUGUCCGGUUACGUAAUUGCGAAUGACCAGGGCUAUGUGACUGGUUGUUUUUUGAUUUAACCGUUUCCAUGUUGUGGUUUUAAAAACUGGAUGUAUGUAAUAACAUACUUCGUUG